AUGAAACUGUUCCAGGAAACUAAAGUCUUGACAAAGUCCACCCUCGUUGCCAACAAUCUUCAACGACCCACUCUUGACAACAUAUUUUCUGAAGCAAAGCAAGAUCGUGCCUUUGCUCUGAUUCCUGCAUCCAAUUCGAUUGGCAUUGUGCUUCAGCACAGUCUUAGAAAGCGGCCUACUUUGGAUGAACUCGAAAAACUGAUCGAGCACAAGAUGUGA